AUGGUCAAGAACGGAUCUCGGAAAACAGGAAAAUCUAUAAAACGCAGAGCUAACUAUAAGAGAAAUGAGAAGUCUUACGCGGAAAUGGUUUUAAGUGUUUUGGAAUCCUCUGACAGUAUAAAUGGAUUUUCGCAUCACGCGAUAAAGAAAGGCGUUUCUCAAAUGAUGACUCGGACAAUUGGCAAAGGCUUUUCGCGCUAUAUCUUGAGUGCUCUUCAGAAGUUGGAAAGUCAGAAGAUCAUUUUCCAACCUAGGAAACAACGUUUCAAACUUUCCUCUAUCAGAGCUCAAGCAGGACGAGCCGCCGCACCGACACCUGUUGUCCCAAAGACAACCAAAGGACGAAACGAUGUCCAUUUGAAAAAUAACGCAAGACGCCAAGUUCACAGAGAAGGAGAACGCGCUGAAGCAAACCUACGACGUGCUCACCUGAAUUCUUUGCGUAAAACCACCAGCAGCAAGAGAAUCCAUUCGUGGGAAUCCCUACUCACAGGAAAGGUAGAGAAGCUUGGGCAAGGGAAUCAUGGCACAAUUUUCAAAGUGAGAUGGAAUGGCAGAAGAGCCGCUAUGAAAGUGCUCCAUGUGCCGGGCGAAAUCUCCGCCGAUACUGCCAAAGAUGAAAUCACAGUCAUGAAGAAGGUCGGGUCGGCUGUUUUUCGCAAGAAAAACCCCUCGUUUCUUGAAUUUUUGGGAGCCUAUUUGGUCGAGGGUCACUCCAAAACUGACCCCAAGCUCCAGUUCAAAAACAAGAACGGCCACCCGCUCCCAGAAAAGGCCCAAUUCGUGGCGAUUUUUAUGGAAUUGGUUGAAGGAGGAAGAUCAAUCGGCGAUUUCCCAUUUAAAACUGAUAAUGAAAGGAAAUCAUUCGUUUGUCAAUUGGUUGUCGGGCUGAUGACUGCACAAAAAGAACUCGGAUUUUCACAUGGUGAUUUGUCCGUGGACAACACCAUCGUCACGAAAACGAAGUUGAGGACUGUCGCGUACAUCCUGGAAGGAAAAGCAGUCAAACUGAAAACGUCUGGAGUUCUUUUAAAAAUUAUCGAUUAUGGCAAAAGUGAAUGUAGCUCCGAUAAUAAAGCGUCCACCAGCUUUGAAGAUUCGGACUACACAAAGCUACGGAACCAUGCCAUGGAUGUUUUUAAAGUUCCCGGAUUGAAGGCGCUGGCAGAUGCUGUGAACAAUUACGAUGAGGAACAUGCAUCAUGGUAUCCAAACUCGGAGCUUUUCAAUGGAUUGAUUGAAUGAUAUUUUAAAUCAAUGCUUUAUUAUUUGCUUUU